AUGUUGAAAGUUCAAAACAUUCAAAAUAAUAACACUAAAAAAUGUUUUAAUCUUAACGUUAAUCUCGUUAAUGCUAGAAACAACAGCAUCAACAACAAAAACAGCAACAACAACAUCACAAAUAUUGUGGCAAAUGAUGGCAGAUACAAUCUGCGUAGUAAAACUCACACUGCCACCUUACGCCAGUUAAACAACACGUCCAACAACAACCACACAAAAAACACCAACCACACAAAAAACAAUAACAACAACAACAACAACAACAACAGCCAGAACAACACCAGCAACUGCAUAAGAAUGGCAGACAAAGAGGCUGUAAAGACAGCGGCUCAAAAGAGGACUGCCCUGUGCAACUUGAAUAAAAAUGUUUGCGCCAACAACAAGAAUGAUAGGAGAAAGGUUCAAAAUUUUAAACAUCUCCCUUACAGCAACAUCAGCAAUCUUAUAGCUGCUCCAAAAGUCAGCAAUGAAACCAAAUCGAAAAAUGUGAGGAACGUUAACAGGACUACAAUUGCACCGACAAAAUCUUACCUCACAAAAAACAAACCAGUCACAAAAGGGACCAACGACCGCACAAAAUUUGCCCUGAAAAAGGCUCCACUCAAAAUUCUGGUUACUGAUAACUUAACACAAAACAACAUCAGCGGCAACAACUGUAACAACAACCAAACUUUUGGAUUACGUCUUUCAAAGGAUGAAAAGUCGAAGUUGGCCCAAGUUGACAAAACAUCUUGUUCAUUUCGCCACAAGUCUUCUUCAUCAUCAUCAUCUUCUUCUUCUUCAUCAUCAUCAUCUUCUUCUUCAUCGAUAUUAUCUGGACCAACUUCUGCAUUUGAAAGCCCAAACUUUGAAAUUGUUAUACGAACCUUAUACGAAAGCGUCUCCAUCGUUUCAGAUUUGAUUGCUUGGAACGGCCACCGACUGUCGAAGAAGAGAAAACGUGCAGAGGCUGAAGGCAGUGAGGGGCUGGCAGGUGAGUUGGCAGGUUUCAUUCCUUCUUUUGAAAGUUUGAACUAA